CAGAAUGGCACAGAACGGAACCCCAGAGAACGGAGUGGCUGAAGAUAUCCCAGCUUUACCUGCCCCUGUCACAGCUCAGGAGAUCAGACACACUAAGAUCUUUAUCGGCAAUGAAUGGCACUCAUCUAGCAGUGGAAGGACUUUUCCAACUUUCAACCCGGCGACAGGUGUCAAAAUAUGCGAUGUGGAAGAAGCAGACAAGACAGAUGUGGACAAGGCAGUGCAGGCGGCCAAGGCGGCCCAGCAGAGGAGCUCUCCGUGGCGGAGGAUGGAUGCGUCCAGCCGGGGGAGGCUGCUGCACGCACUGGCCGACCUGAUGGAGAGGGACCGGCGGCUGCUGGCGGUGAUUAAAAUCAAGCCCUCUUUAUUCGCCUCACACAUGCACAU